UUCCUCGGUGCUUGCCCAACAAGUCAUCUCUCUAUGAAAUGAAUAAAUGAGUAAAUGAAUCUUCACCCAAAUUUAGAAUUGCCAUUAUUGGUAAUGUUGUGAAUUUUCACACAUAAAAAGUACAAAAUGAAAUUAAAUUAACCAUGGAGAUAGAGAUUCAUCCAUUAACAAACGAUCCUACAGAAGCCUGGCAUGAAUUGUCACAAAAGCAGAAAGUCAUCAAAAUAAAUGCUAAACAUCCAACAACCGAUGCUCCAAAUGACAAGCUUCGCGUUGUCUGUAUGAGUGAUACUCAUUCGUUAACGCCGUUCUUAAAAUUUGAUAUACCUAUGGGAGAUAUCUUCAUCCAUGCUGGAGAUUUUACAAAAUGUGGCAAUUUACAAGAAGUUAUAGAGUUUAAUAAAUGGAUUGGUAAUUUGCCGCAUAAAAAUAAAAUUGUUAUUGCUGGUAAUCAUGAGCUCAGUUUUGAUUCAACAUUUACACAUCCCUUUGACAUACCCACAUUGGGAAUGUCCAGAGACAUUCUGGCAGAAGCCAUACAAACCACUAAUGUUAAGGAUUAUUUGACAAAUUGUACUUAUUUAGAAGAUUCCGAAAUUAUAAUCCAUGGAAUAAAGUUAUAUGGUUCGCCAUGGCAACCAGAAUUUUGUAAUUGGGCAUUUAAUUUACCUCGCGGAGAACUGCUUCUUUCGAAGUGGAAUAGGAUACCGUCAGAUACAGAUAUUCUUAUAACGCACACGCCCCCUAUAGGUCAUGGUGAUUUAUGCUGUAAUAAAGUACGAGCUGGAUGUGUAGAAUUACUGUCUACGGUACAGAAUCGAGUUCAACCAAAGUAUCACGUUUUUGGUCAUAUACACGAAGGUAAUGUCUAUAUUUUUUUGUUUUUUUUUCGAAAGAAAUUACAUGCUAAUAUCUUUGUAAUAGGGUAUGGUAUUUCAACUGAUGGCAAGAUAAUAUAUAUAAAUGCGUCAACAUGUGAUCUAAAUUAUUUGCCAAGUAAUCCACCAAUAGUUUUCGAUAUAAAGCUACCACCAGGUUGUAGUAAAUCAUAAAAAAUGCGGAACAUAGCAAUAAAUUUCAUAAUUGUAUUUCUUACAUGAGAAGUAUUUGCAAAAAAAAAAAAAAAAAUAGAACGUUUAAUGUGUUUAUCAAUAGAUUUAUACGAAUUUCUUUAGAAAUUAUGCACUCUUUCAUCCUAGA